GCUAGAUAUAUCUGAAAUAUCGAUUAUAGGCAUUUAGACCCAUCACUAACCUCGGCAAUCUGGCCAUUGAAUCUGGAUUCGUCACAUACAUGCCAAACCAAUUAUAGUUAUUCGAAACAACAUGGGAAGUGUAGUCAGGGAGAAUCUGGACAUGGAAAGUGUAGUCAAGAAGAGUGUGGACGUUGAGAGUGUGGACAUGGAGAGUGUGAAUAAUGUGGGUGGAGCGGAUAUUGUACAAGGUGGUAUCGCGCAAGUGGUAUAUACACCGGAUGUGAGUCAUCUGGACUACAAGACGUCCAAGCGAGGUACUGAUAUGGCAAAGAGCACCAAGUUGGACAAACCUGCCAUCCUUUCUACUGCGAGCGAUACUAUCGCGGAUGAUACUGCGUCAGGUGAAGAUACGCCAUCAGUCGAGUCGAGCAAUGUGGUUCUCAGUGAAAACAGACAAGGAGACCUGGGCCUGAUCUCGACAAUUAGGAAAGUGUACCGAAAGAAGCAAAUGUCACAGAGAGACUUUGGGCUUAUUGCGCGAUGUGCCGUAGUAUUGAAUGUACUUACAGUCUUUCUAUUUUAUGGCACAAUGUACACCCUGUGUAGCCUAACUUUAAAGACCCGAGCGCCAUGGUUGUACAAAAUGCCUUGGGGAGAAAAUGACACCAUCGUUAUCAUGUUAACAGUCACAUUCUGUGUUACAUUUCUGAUGGUUACGGUGUGCACUGUCGUGUGUCUGCAGAAACGCAAUCAUCCACUCGUGAAAAGCAGGGGGGUCUUCUUUAUAGCCGGGGUGGGGCUCACAAGUGCUAUUGUGUCUGUGUUGCAGUACUGCAUCGCGUUGUCAUUCUUCAUUCCCGCUAUGUGGGAUCAACGGAAGCACCAUAUGGCACUGUACUUAUUAAUGGCGGAGUAUGUUACUGUGACGGCUACCUUGUCGCUAAUCGUAGCACGAGAACGCAUUCUAUUUGUGAUCUUCAUUCGACAUCCGUUCAAGCGGCAUGUCCGGUUCCACCGUUACUUCACUGGUAUAGUAGGAUGUAUGUUUAUACUAUCAGUAUUUUGCUUCUUACCAUAUCUCCUAGCACAUCUACUCCAGUGGAAUAAUAUCUCAUACUACGCAUUGUUUGUGCUUAUACCCUGGGGGUUGUCCAUGGGCCUAUUAGCAUACUACACCUACAGAACACGUAAAAUCAGCGAAUCCUUCUCGGAUUGGCGUAGUAAUUGCCGAAUUGGCAUCGUGUUAGCUGUUGCCAGUAAUUUAAUCGUCUUCUUUGCGGUGUUCAACGUGGGCAAUACUGAGUACGGUGGGUUAUUACCAAAUUCCUGGAAGUUGUUCUUCUUUUACCAUGCGUCAAUGGCAAAGAUAGGGUAUACGGUGAUGGAUCUUUUCGCACUUUUGGCGAUCAUAUCCGCUGGGAACGUGGGAAUAUGCAAGAAACUCAGUCCGACAGCGUCAACGUGGAAAAGUUCUUUCGAUUGCGUGACAGAUCCCGCACAGACAGCCCAGAUAUAAUAAUGGAGACUAUGACCCAGACGUACUAUUGAAUGUAUUGGGAUGGCAGUACGAUCCAACUGUAGCGUACACGUCAAUGUGAUGGUAGCUGGAUCCAUCUAUUGCGUUUAUAAUCAGAAUUCGGGUUCAAGGAUUCAAACAGUUAUGACGAAUCGACCAGCGCAUUUCAACCAGAACAACCACGGUGCUGAUUAUUGUAAAUCCUUCAUGUCACACUUGACAAUCCUGUAUUCUGGUUCUGGUAUCAUAAAACUUGGGAAACUGGAAACAGUGCAUCGUCACAAACGUAUGUGUCGUAUAGCUGAGAUCUGCAGAUUUUAAUCGGCUCGCGAUUCAACACUUGCCUAUUAUACUCACAAAGACUAUCGGACAAUAGUGCAUCACUUUGUAGUGAAGCGGAUUGAUCUGAAUCUGAACAUAGUCCAACGCCUGAGGCUGUCCAUACCAUCCUUAUAGCUGCGUGGAAGGUCUGCAUUUAUAAUUCUCUGGAAACUGCUAAUAAACACGCCUUGUGAUACGGCGAUUUUAUGUCAGG